UUGCCCAACUUUCUCGUCCCCGGCCCCGGCACUCGCUGCCAUGGCCCCCGGCAACUCUUCCCGCAACUUCUCGGCGCCGGAGGCUCAGAACGGCUCAGUAGCAGAGAAGCCAGCACCACACACCAAUGUGAUCAUGCCCAGUGUCUUCAGCAUCAUCUGCUUCCUGGGCAUCACAGGGAACCUCAUUGUGAUCUACACGAUCGUCAAGAAGAAGAAGCUGAAAUGCAAACAGACCGUGCCUGAUAUUUUCAUCUUCAACCUCUCCAUCGUGGACCUCCUGUUCCUCUUGGGCAUGCCCUUCCUCAUCCACCAGCUCUUGGGCGACGGCUCGUGGUACUUUGGAGCUCCCUUGUGCACCAUCAUCACCGCCCUGGACACAAACAGCCAGAUCACCAGCACCAACAUCCUCACAGUGAUGACACUGGACCGUUACCUGGCCACCGUCUACCCCCUCAAAUCCACCUACGUUCGGACGCCGUGCGUUGCGGCUCUGGUCAUCUGCCUGGUGUGGCUCCUGUCCUUCCUGACCAUCAUUCCCGUGUGGAUGUACGCAGGCCUAAUGCCCCUGGAGGAUGGCACCGUGCGCUGCGCUCUCCUGCUCCCCAACCCAGAGACUGACAUCUACUGGUUCACCCUCUACCAGUUCAUGCUGGCCUUUGCUGUGCCCUUGGUCAUCAUCUGCGUGGUCUAUUUUAAGAUCCUGCAGCACAUGGCCACCACCGUGGUCCCGCUGCCCCAGAGGAGUCUCCGGGUGCGUACAAAGAAGGUCACUCGAAUGGCAGUCGCCAUCUGUUCUGCCUUCUUUAUUUGCUGGGCUCCCUUCUACAUCCUCCAGCUGAUUCACCUGGGCAUCGACACCCCAUCCAUGGCCUUCUUUUAUGCCUACAACUUUGCCAUUAGCUUGGGCUACGCCAACAGCUGCCUCAACCCCUUCCUCUACAUUGCCCUCAGCGAGACCUUCAAGCGCCAGUUCCUGGUGGCCAUUCGCCCUGCCAAAGAGCCCUCUCACAACAGCAGCUCUGCCAACAACAACAGCAUGACAGAGGCCAGUGUGUGCCUGAAGCUGGCGCCAGAAUCCACCCAGCAGACUCAGUUUCUGGAGGACUUUCCCCCACGCUCACUGCCGGUGACUGUGGCUGUUCACUAGGGCACUCCGAAGGGAGGGCAGCAGAAAACCUCUGGAUCUGUGAGUUGACAGAGGAGCAGCAGCUUCAGGCAGGUCUUGGAGAAGCCUAUGGACUACAAACCUCUGCCUCCAAAAUGCAGGUGCCUCUCCAUUACUCUGAUCCUGCACUCCUCCCAGCCUAUGACAUGCAGUGUGCUGCCACUUUUCAUCCUGCACAGGAGGACUCUGCCACCACUGGGCCCCAAAGAGGAUGAAUGGACAGAAGAAGGAUUUCCAGAGGGAAUAUUCACCCUACAAGAGUAAAACCCUUAUCAAUGCUUCCCAGUGAUUCCUCACCUCUUGGCCCGCCCAGGGUUCCUAAGCAGCUUGUCAACAUAGAGCUUCUUCAUUCAAAACUUGAACCUUUGAACCACAAUGUCAUAUAUUUAUUAUUUUUAUAAGUAAUCUGCAGACUUUGCUGGCUGUGCUGAUAUCCUAGAAGCACUCAGCAGAGAGAUCUUGAGGACAGAAGUCUCACCCAGCUCUGUUGCUUGGCUUUUCAGCCCAGCCCCAUCUGCCUCCAGUGGGCUGUAUUUUCUGGCAACCAAAACAUUUCAAGAACUGGCUCAUUUUGAUGCUAAUCCCAAAUAUUUCAAGCAAAAUCAGAUGCAUAAUAAUCACACUGCUUCAAGGGAUUGCAAAGAAUUCUCAAAACUACUGCUGCUAACACCAGCUUUGUGGCUUUUCAUGCCAACGAGCAGAUUUUCACAGUGCUAGU